AUGGUUCGUACUAUAAAAGAAAUUUUGAGGAGAGUUUUAGGCAAAGCUGCUCUGUUAGAAAAAGAAUUGUUUACUGUACUUUGCGAAACAGAAGCUGUCAUUAAUUCACGUCCUCUGACUUAUAUAGUAGAUAGUACUGAAAAUUUUAAUGCUCUCACUCCAGCUAUGUUUCUUAAGGUAGGCAAUACUUCUACGUUUGAUUUAAACCAAGUUAAAUCACCUAACCUUACUACUCGUUAUAGUUAUAUCGAAAAAAUUAAUACAGAUCUACAACAAAGAUUUCGGUCAGAAUAUUUAUCUUUACUAGUACAAAAGAACACUAAAAACGAGAACAAUCUUCAACCUGGGGAUAUCGUGCUUAUAGGUUCAGAUGAUUUGAAGCGCGUUAACUGGCCUUUAGGUCUCAUUUUAGAGAUAUGUUUAGGUGUUGAUAAUGUCGGUAGGGUAGCACGUGUUAAAACAGCAAAGGGUGAACGUGUUCGUGCACUGCAACGUUUAUUUCCUUUAGAGUUAUCGAUGUUAGAGAGUAUUCAGUUUCCACAGUCAUCAGGGUCAAAUGAUAAAGUCGCAGAUCCCGCUCUUGAGCCCGACAAUCUUUUAACAAAGACAACACGUUCUGGUCGUCCUGUGAAACUGCCUCGACGUCUAAACCUGUGA